CCAGUUACGCUUCCGAUUCUAUCAGUCAUUUCCGGUUCCGACAGCAACAAAACCUAUUGACUGUGUUAAGAGCUGGAGGGACCUAUGUGUUGAGAGAACCUGAAGGCUGGUAAUAUGGAAGAUGCAGGAAGGUACAAGUUCUCAAAUCAAGGACAUCGAGGAGAAGAGAAGAAUAAUAAAGAGGUAGUAAAUGUUAGGACGAGCAGUUCAGCUUUAAAAACUGGGCCUGUCCCUCUGGACUUGGAAAAUGGACCCACAUAUAAAUCAGAGAAAUUGUCACAGAAGAAAAAAGCAACUUGUGACAACAGUCCAAGGAAAGGAACCCAGUGUGUCACAAUCAGUCCAUCUGCUGUAGGGUCCAGUCCUAGAGCGUGGCAUAAUAAUGGCUUUAGCAAAGAGCUUAAAGCCUUGCAAACGUAUGAGCACUAUAACCACUCAUGUAAUUGGAGAGAUCGCAAAUCUCCAUCUAAGAAACAUGCUGUCAGUAGACCCAGAAAUGAGUCUGCUCCAGAAAUGGAAGGCAUCAUGAGGCAACUAGAAACCAGCGAAAAAGGGAAAAAAAGUGUGAGGAGACAACUUCAGAAAGAGCUUUUGAAUGAAGAUAUGUCAUCAGUGACAGCAGAAGGAAAUAAAAAGCGAAAGAAGUCAAGGAAGCCGAAGAGAGCCAGAAAAUCUGAAAGUGCUCACACUGAAAACCUUGAUGUCCCUGUGAUAGAUGAGUCUCAGUUAUCAGAAGAAGGCCUGCUGGGUUUGCAUCAGGCUGAAGACCGACUUCAAAGAGAUUUCAUCUUCAGACUUAAAUGGAGGCCUCGCAACUACCCAACUAUCAAAUAUCGUUGUAAGCUCUGCGAUAUCCUGAUUGAGUCUAUUACAUCUGCACAUAAACAUAUCAAAGAAAAGAGACACAAAAAAAAUUUGCAGGCAAAACGAGAAGAAGAACUGCUUACAUCCUUACCACCACCAACUGUGGCACAAGUUCAAGCUGCUGAGGUAGCCAUUGAAAAAGUAGUGCAGGAAUUUGGCCUGAGCAAUACAGAUGUUGAACACAGGUGUAAAAUUGUACAGAUCAUGAAAGAAGAACUAGAAAAAAAACUUAGAGGAUGCACAGUCCAGCUGUAUGGCUCUUCUUUAUCCAGAUUUGGUUUCAAAGAUUCAGAUGUAAACAUUGAUGUAUCACAUAGCCAGAUGAGCCAGCCGGAUGUGCUUUUGGAGGUUCAGGAUGCUCUGAAGAGCAGUGAAUACUUUGAAAAUGUGGAUACUGAUUUCCAUGUUAGAAUACCAGUUGUGGUAUGCACAGAAAAACAGAGUGGCCUUGUGUGUAGAGUCAGUGCAGGAAAUUUGAGUGCAUGCGAGACAACAGAGCACUUGGCUGCCAUUGCACAACGGGAACAUCAACUUAUUCCCUUGGUGGUUGCUUUCCGUUACUGGGCAAAGCUUUGUUGUAUCGACAAACCUGAUGAAGGAGGAUUACCACCAUAUGUUCUGGCUUUGUUAGUCAUUUUCUUUUUGCAACAAAGGAAGGAACCUGUGCUUCCAGUUUACUUUGGAUUAUGGAUUAAGGACUUUUCUCCUAGCAGGCUAGCCCACUAUAGCCUUGAAGGAGUUGAUAUGGAUGAAGUUCGGUGGUCAUACUCUGAAGUCCUGGAUGAUCGAAACUACCCAGAUGUACCAGCUAUUUUAAAGGGCAGAGUUCAGCUAACCUUUCCUGUAGACCAACAGUGUAAUGCACCAUUGGGACUACUCUGGACUGAAAUGUUCAGAUUUUUUGCUCUGGAAUUCAAUUUUGCAGAUCAUGUUAUUUCCAUUCGUGUCAAAGAUCUAGUUUCCCGUGAAUUAAAGGACUGGCCUAAAAAGAGAUUUGCUAUUGAAGACCCAUACUCUGUAAAGAGAAAUGUAGCAAGAACCGUCAACAGCCAGCUUGUUUAUGAAUAUGUUCUUCACUGCCUCAAAACAUCAUACAAAUAUUUUGCUUUGCCUCAUGAGAGAAUGCCAAAAUCAGGCAGAGAAAUUAAACAGAAACUGCAUACAGAUGAGUUGCAGCAGGUGGAGCCUCACAGUGAAAACCUAAAGAGUUGCCAUCCAUUAAAUGGCCAAUAUAUUGGAAAUAUAAGUUUGGACAUUAUUGGUAGUCCAAACACAAGACCAUUCUUAGGUGAUCAUCAGACUGGUAAUGAAGACUGUGUUGUGAAUAGCACUGAAUCUUCAUCUGAAGAACUAGAAGCCUGUAUGAAGACUUUGGAAGUGAAAGACAACUCAGAAUGUUCCAGAAUGUUUCAGGUGUGCAGUUCUGAAGAAGUAAAUGCAGUUGGGGAUGAUGCCACUAUUGAAAAGGGUUCUGACAAUGAAGCAGAGUGGCCAACCCAUUUUCCACUUUUGGAACCUAGAGUAGAUGAAGACAGUGAGACUGGAGAGUUAGCCAACCCUCCUUACCUCUGUACAGAACCUGAUGUUGAAACCGAAAGUCUUUCAGAUUUGGAUGACUUCCCAUUACCAACAGGUGUGGAAAGUGAUGACUUGGAGUUAGAAGAUGGUGAUGAACUGGAAGACAAGGAGGACACAGAUGAGGAGAGCCUAGGCUCUGAUGAACUGGAUAAUUCUGUUAACAAAUUUGUUCCUGAGCAACUUAAAUUUGUUGAGAACUCUGAAGAUGAUGAUGAAGAGUAUGAGGAUCUACCUUCUACAUAUGAAGAUAGUAAAGAUGCAUUUGAAUUAAAAAUCACAAGUGGUAAUCUGUCUGCAGAAAGUAGUGUAGACUACACCACCUUACUACAUCGAGAAGAAGAUAUUACAAUUUCCAGUCAAGAAUGUCUGGAUAGUCACAGAAAUGACGAAGCUAAUUUGUUUUAUGAGUUCAGUAAAUAUUUAUUUACAAAAGGCAAGGUACCUACCGUUGUUUGCAGCUUGUGUAGAAGAGAGGGUCACUUGAAGAAGGACUGCCCAGAAGACUUCAAGAAGCUGCAGCUGGAUACUUUGCCAUCUAUGACACCUCAGUUCCUAAAAAUAUUAGAUGAAGUUUGCUGUCAGUGCUAUGAUGAUUUUGCUCCUGACCCAGCUGAGGAUCUUGCUCGUGAGUACAUACGGCAAAACCUAGAAAAUUUCAUCAGACAGGAAUUUCCAGGAGCCAGGCUGAGUUUGUUUGGAUCAUCGAAAAAUGGAUUUGGCUUUAAACAGAGUGAUCUGGACAUCUGCAUGACAUUUGAGGGAAAAGCAUCAGCUAAGGGUAUGGAUUGCAUAAGAAUAAUUGAAAAUCUUGCCAAAGUACUCAAAAAACAUCCAGGUCUAAGAAACAUUUUGUCAAUUACAACUGCCAAAGUUCCUAUUGUUAAGUUCAUUCAUAGCAGAAGUGGCCUCGAAGGGGAUAUCAGUUUAUAUAACACUUUGGCACUGCAUAACACAAGAUUGCUAGCAGCUUAUGCAGCAAUUGAUCCCAGAGUAAAGUACCUGUGCUACACAGUGAAAGUUUUUGCAAAGAUAUGUGACAUUGGUGAUGCUUCCAGAGGCAGCUUAUCAUCGUAUGCCUAUACACUUAUGAUGCUUUACUUCUUACAACAAAGAAUUCCAUCCAUCAUUCCUGUUCUUCAGGAAAUAUAUGGUGAUCGAAGAACGCCAGCUGGGCAUGUCGACAACUGGAAUGUAUAUUUUUUCUCUGACUUGGAAAAGUUGAAAAACAGGUGGGCUGAUUAUGGAAAAAAUACAGAGUCUGUAGGAGAGCUAUGGUUGGGAUUUCUUCGAUUUUAUACAGAAGAAUUUGAUUUUAAAGAGCAUGUCAUCAGUAUCAGAAGUAAGAAUUUGCUGACCACGUUCAAGAAGCAGUGGACAUCUAAGUAUAUUGUCAUUGAGGAUCCAUUUGACCUGAACCACAAUCUUGGUGCCGGAUUGUCCAGAAAAAUGACUAAUUUCAUUUUGAAGGCAUUUAUCAAUGGCAGAAGAGUCUUUGGCACGCCAGUCAAGUCAUUUCCUAAAGAAUACAACACAAAAAUGGAGUAUUUCUUUGAUCCAGAGGUUCUUACUGAAGGAGAACUAGCACCAAAUGACCGAUGCUGUAGAAUCUGUGGUAAAAUUGGACACUUCAGGAAGGAAUGCCCCUUGCGGUGGAAAUUGAGAAUGAAAUGUGGCCAAGAAGACAGCAUUAGUGAGCGAUAUCAUGAAAACAGACUGAAGCAAACUCAAGAUGGCAAGGAUUACCAUGUCAGGGAUGCAGAAAGAGAACUCCCUUUGAGAGAUGGAAAAUCUCAGCUUUGUACCCCCAAAAAGUCCAGAUAUGAUAAAGGAAUGCUGGAUUCUGGAAGGGACAAAACUGUCAAGUCCAGUGAAAGGUGGAGAAGACUAGAAGACCGGGAGUUUAGGGAAAAAUGCUGCUUUGUCUGUGGAAUGGAAGGGCACCUUAAGAAGGACUGCCAGCACUACAAAAGUCCUCAAGAUAUGGCCCAGAAUAAGAAACUCGGGUGGGCCAGUUGAUUAAAUUACUCUUUUAGUUUGACUAUGGUUUCAUGACACCUGCUCAGGAUGACUUUUAACCCUUUUUAGCCAUUUUAUUUUGUUUUUGUGUCAUCCCUGUUGCGUACUUGCUCCAUAAUUGUUUACACUGAUUCAUUUCAUAUUUUAAAUUCAGCUGGUGAGAAACCGCCAGGUUCCACUUUAUUUAUUUCUCUGUUAAAACACUGCAGAGACCAGCUAUUUUGUUUUUAAAUAGGGAAGCUCUAUGCCUUCCAUAAUUUAAAGUGUAAAUUAUAUUUUACUUUAUAUGCCAGGGCAUCAGAGGCUGCAUACUGGUGCUUUUCUAUGACAUUACUUAAUGAGCAGCAUGGGCAGAGGUUUAAAAUGGAACUUUUUUAAAUGUAAAAAGGUAUAAUUUAAAAUAAAUUUCUUGUAUAAGAAAUUUAAAUUUUA